GCCAAGAUGGCAGCGGCGCGGCCGCGGACGCCGGAGCGGCGGCGGCGGCGUCGUCGUCUCUGGGCUCGCUGAGGCGCUGGCACCUCGCUCUCUGGGCUCAUGUAAUCAAAGAAGUUUCUUUGUUGUGUGUAUCUUUACAGAACACAACAGGAAUUGAAAAUGCAUCAGAACACCGAGUCUGUGGCCGCCACCGAGACUCUGGCCGAGGUACCUGAACAUGUGCUUCGAGGACUUCCAGAGGAAGUGAGGCUUUUACCAUCUGCGGUUGACAAGACCCGGAUUGGUGUCUGGGCCACUAAACCAAUUUUAAAAGGGAAAAAGUUUGGGCCAUUUGUUGGUGAUAAGAAGAAACGAUCUCAGGUUAGGAAUAAUGUGUACAUGUGGGAGGUGUACUACCCAAAUUUGGGGUGGAUGUGCAUUGAUGCCACCGAUCCGGAGAAGGGCAACUGGCUGCGCUAUGUGAACUGGGCUUGCUCAGGUGAAGAGCAGAAUUUAUUUCCACUGGAAAUCAACAGAGCCAUUUACUAUAAAACCUUAAAGCCAAUCGCGCCUGGCGAGGAGCUCCUGGUCUGGUACAAUGGGGAAGACAACCCUGAGAUAGCAGCUGCGAUUGAGGAAGAGCGAGCCAGCGCCCGGAGCAAGCGGAGCUCUCCGAAGAGCCGCAGAGGGAAGAAGAAAUCCCAAGAGAAUAAAAAUAAAGGCAUCAGAACCCAGGCCACACAGCUGAAGUCAAGUGAGUCAGACUCUACCUUUGCAAACAUGAGAGGCUCUGCAGAAGGUCCUAAGGAAGAAGAUGAGAGGCCUUUGGCUUCUGCACCUGAGCAACCAUCCCUUCUCCCUGAGGUGAUUAGCCAGGAUGCAGUUCCACAGGUGGCCAUCCCUCUCCCCGCCUGUGAGCCACAACCAGAGCCAGAUGGGAAGCAAGAAGUCGCAGACUGUGAGGUCAAUGAUUUAGAGGAAGAGGUAGAGGAGGAGGAGGAGGGAGAAGAGGAGGAGGAGGAGGAGUUGGAAGAAGAGGAAGAGGAGGAGGAGCUGGAAGAUGGGGAGGAAGAGGCUGACACAGCUAAUGAAAGCCCUGUGAAAGAGCCAGAGAUACGGUGUGAAGAGAAGCCAGAGGAUUUACUGGAAGAGCCACAGAGCACUUCAAAUGAAACUUGUGAAGACUCUCCAGACAUGGCCCCUCUUCUCCACAUCUCCAGAACUAGAGAGGAGGCCAACGGGGAUGUGUUUGAAGCAUUCAUGUUUCCGUGUCAGCAUUGUGAAAGAAAAUUUGCAACCAAGCAGGGGCUUGAACGUCACAUGCAUAUCCACAUGUCUACAAUCAACCAUGCUUUCAAGUGCAAGUACUGUGGCAAAGCGUUUGGCACACAGAUUAACAGGAGGCGGCAUGAACGCCGCCACGAAGCAGGGCUAAAGAGAAGACCCAGUGUGACACCACAGCCCUCAGAAGACCCAGAUGAUGGCAAGGCGGAAAAUGUCACUUCUAAAGAUGAGUCAAGUCCGCCUCAACUUGGGCAAGACUGUCUGAUACUGAACUCAGAGAAAGCCUCCCAAGAAAUUAUAAAUUCAUCUUUUGUGGAGGAGAAUAGUGAAGUUAAAGAACUCCAUCCCUGCAAAUACUGCAAAAAGGUGUUUGGAACUCACACCAAUAUGAGACGACAUCAGCGGAGAGUUCAUGAACGCCACCUGAUUCCCAAAGGCGUCCGUCGAAAAGGAGGAUUCCUGGAAGAGCCACAGCCACCAGCAGAGCAGGCUGCACCCUCCCAGAAUGUCUAUGUACCAAGCACAGAGCCAGAGGAGGAAGGGGAAGCUGAUGAUGUUUACAUCAUGGACAUUUCAAGCAACAUCUCUGAAAAUCUAAAUUACUAUAUUGAUGGUAAGAUUCAGACCAACAACAGCACUAGUAAUUGUGAUGUGAUUGAGAUGGAGUCUAAUUCUGCACACUUGUAUGGCAUAGAUUGUCUGCUCACCCCAGUAACUGUGGAAAUUACUCAAAAUAUAAAGAGCACCCAGGUCUCUGUAACAGAUGAUCUUCCUAAAGAGUCACCCAGUAGCACAAAUUGUGAGUCCAAGAAACGAAGAACUGCCAGUCCACCUGUGCUCCCCAAAAUUAAAGCUGAGACAGAUUCUGACUCCACAGCACCCUCGUGUUCCUUAAGUUUGCCUCUGAGCAUCUCAACAACAGAGGUGGUGUCAUUCCAUAAAGAGAAGGGUGUCUAUUUGUCUUCAAAGCUCAAGCAGCUUCUUCAGACCCAGGACAAACUGACUCCUCCUGCAGGGAUGUCAGCAGCUGAGAUCCCUAAGUUAGGUCCCGUGUGUGUGUCUUCCCCUGCAUCCAUGUUACCUGUGACCUCCAGUAGGUUUAAGAGGCGCACCAGCUCUCCGCCCAGUUCCCCACAGCACAGCCCUGCCCUUCGAGACUUUGGGAAACCAAGUGAUGGGAAAGCAGCGUGGACAGACACAGUCCUGACUUCCAAGAAACCCAAAUUAGAAAGCCGGAGUGACUCACCAGCGUGGAGUCUGUCUGGCAGAGAUGAGAGAGAGACUGGAAGCCCUCCUUGCUUUGACGAAUACAAAAUAAAAGAAUGGGUGGCCAGUUCUACUUUCAGCAGCGUGUGCAACCAACAGCCAUUGGAUUUAUCCAGCGGGGUCAAACAGAAGUCAGAGGGCACGGGCAAGACUCCGGUCCCGUGGGAAUCCGUAUUGGAUCUCAGUGUGCAUAAAAAGCCUUGUGAUACUGAAGGCAAGGAAUUCAAAGAGAACCAUUCGGCACAGCCAGCCUGUGGUGCUGCAAAGAAGAAGAAACCAACCACCUGCAUGCUACAAAAGGUUCUUCUCAAUGAGUAUAACGGUGUUAGCUUACCUACGGAAACCACACCCGAGGUGACCAGGAGCCCAAGUCCUUGUAAAUCCCCAGAUACACAGCCAGAUCUUGAACUUGGUCCUGACUCGAGUUGCUCAGCCCCCACUGUUGAGUCCCCACUUGAAGUUGGCCCAUCAUCACCCUCUCUACAGCCGUCUUCGGUUCAGCUACCUCCUCUCUUGAUCCCCACAGAGCCUUCUUCCCCUCCCCCCUGCCCUCCUGUGUUAACUGUUGCCACUCCACCGCCUCCCCUCCUUCCAACUGUCCCUCUCCCCAAUCCCUCUUCUGAUGCAUCUCCUCAGCACUGCCCCUCUCCAUUCUCAAAUGCCACUGCUCAGUCUCCGCUUCCCAUUCUCUCCCCAACAGUGUCCCCUUCACCCUCUCCCAUUCCUCCCAUGGAGCCACUCGUGUCUGCUGCUUCCCCUGGUCCUCCAACACUUUCUUCCUCUUCCUCCUCUUCCUCUUCUUUCUCUUCCUCUUCGUGCUCCUCCACAUCCCCCUCACCACCCCCUCUCUCAGUAGUGUCAUCCGUGGUUUCCUCUGGGGACAACCUGGAAGUACCUCUCCCUGCAAUAACUUUCAAGCAGGAGGAGUCAGAGAGUGAAGGUCUGAAACCCAAGGAAGAGGCCCCGCCUGCAGGUGGGCAGAGUGUCGUCCAAGAGACAUUCAGCAGGAACUUUGUUUGCAAUGUCUGUGAGUCACCUUUCCUUUCCAUUAAAGACCUAACCAAACAUCUAUCUGUUCAUGCUGAAGAAUGGCCCUUCAAAUGUGAGUUUUGUGUGCAGCUUUUUAAAGGGAAGACUGACCUGUCAGAGCAUCGGUUUAUGCUUCAUGGAGUCGGGAACAUCUUUGUGUGUUCCGUAUGUAAGAAAGAAUUUGCCUUCUUGUGCAAUUUACAACAGCACCAGCGAGAUCUCCACCCAGAUGAGGUGUGCACACAUCAUGAGUUUGAAAGUGGGACUCUGAGGCCCCAGAACUUCACAGACCCCAGUAAGGCCCAUGUGGAGCACAUACAGAGUUUGCCAGAAGAGCCUUUGGAAACUUCUAGAGAGGAGGAGUUAAAUGAUUCCUCUGAAGAGCUUUACACAACCAUCAAAAUAAUGGCUUCUGGAAUAAAGACAAAAGAUCCAGAUGUUCGACUUGGUCUCAAUCAGCACUACCCAAGUUUUAAACCACCUCCGUUUCAGUAUCACCAUCGAAACCCCAUGGGGAUUGGCGUAACGGCCACAAACUUCACUACCCACAAUAUUCCACAGACUUUCACUACUGCCAUUCGCUGCACAAAGUGUGGAAAGGGUGUUGAUAACAUGCCUGAGCUGCAUAAACAUAUCUUGGCCUGUGCCUCUGCAAGUGACAAGAAGAGGUACACCCCUAAGAAAAACCCAGUGCCCCUGAAACAAACUGUACAGCCCAAAAACGGAGUGGUGGUUUUAGACAGCUCUGGGAAAAAUGCCUUCAGACGGAUGGGGCAGCCCAAGAGACUGAGCUUCAAUGUGGAACUCAGCAAAAUGUCUCCAAAUAAGCUCAAGCUCAGUGCGCUGAAGAAAAAGAACCAGCUGGUGCAGAAGGCGAUCCUGCAAAAGAACAGGUCUGCCAAGCAGAGGACAGACCUGAAGGACACUUCCGAGGUAUCCUCACACAUUUGCCCUUACUGUGACAGGGAGUUCACAUACAUCGGCAGCCUCAACAAGCACGCCGCCUUCAGCUGCCCUAAAAAGCCCCUAUCUCCUUCCAAAAGAAAAGUUUCCCAUUCAUCUAAGAAAGGUAGCCACACGUCACCUGCCAGCAGUGACAGAAACAAUAGCAGUAAUCCCCGGAGACGGACAGCAGACACAGAGAUUAAGAUGCAGAGCACGCAGGCGCCCUUGGGCAAGACCAGAGCUCGGAGCUCAGGCCCUGCCCAAGCCUCACUGCCCUCCUCAUCCUUCAGAUCCAGACAGAAUGUCAAGUUUGCAGCUUCAGUAAAAUCCAAAAAGGCAAGCUCUUCGUCUUUGAGGAACUCCAGUCCUGUAAGAAUGGCCAAAAUAACUCAUGUUGAGGGUAAGAAAUCCAAAGCUGUUGCCAAGAGUCAUUCUGCUCAGCUCUCAAGCAAAUCAUCCCGAAACCUGCACGCGAGAGUGCAGAAGAGCAAGGCUGUUCUACAAAGCAAGACUGCUCUGGCCAGUAAGAAAAGAACAGACCGCUUCAUGGUAAAAUCUAGAGAGCGGAGUGGGGGCCCAAUUACCAGAAGCCUUCAGCUGGCAGCUGCUGCGGACCUGAGUGAAAGCAGGAGAGAAGACAGCAGUGCCAGGCACGAGCUGAAGGACUUGAGGUAAGCCCAGAGCUCGGGGAGGUGAGACUGCCAGGAGAGCUGUGGCCGGCUUGGAGGAUGUUUUUGUUUCCCCUCCUGUAAAAUGUUGACACAAGCAUUUUAGCAAAGUGGCAGUUGCAUAAUUUGUAGCAUAUAUACCCUUGCUGCUUUGGCUGUUGUACAGAUGAAUAAAUACUUUGUUUUUCAGACUUAGUACUCACAAAGUGGUACCAUUUCUUUAAUUUCCAGAUGGAACUUGAACCCAUCUCCCCGUGUGAAAAGAUUCACAUUUUGGGCAAUGUUUCAGUGCCACUCAUGUUGGUUCCUGGUCCUACAUUCCUUAGGGUGAAGUGGGUCACAAGUCCAUUAGCAACUACAGUGCACUCUUUUAUAAUAGUUUGUGACUUAAACAUAGUUCCUAAUGUCUAAGACUGUGUUUAUUAUUAAUGCUUCCAUUUGCUAGUGUUUGAAUUUUAAAAAUUUGCCACAUUGCUCAAAAUAAAAUACCAUAUAUCUUAAAAAUGCCUUAUAUUCCCCCUCCAGCCCUCUGCUUGCAUUAAUAGUGUGAUCAGCAGUCAAGGUUCUGAUGGACAAGGAGAGUGGAAUAGGCACUGAGAUUACAGGGCGCAGGGCCUGCGGUCCUCAGGCUCAGUGCUUUCCCGGUAACAUUAAGUUUCAUUGCAUCUGAGCUGACCUUGCUGCCUUAUUCCAUGUUCUCCCCAUAUUACAAACGGUUCUCAGGGACAGACAGGAUGAUGUGGCCAUAGUUCAGGCUGCUAACAUUGACACUUGGAAUUCCCAAAUAAUGUGCCCAUGUCCCCAGUCAGUGGCCAUCAGAAGGCAUCACUGCAAAUACUUGGACAUCUUGUAUGCAGCCUGCCUUGAUUCUGGGUUGUCACAGCUAUAAUUCUGGGUGUUGGAAGCAAAAAGAGUUAGGAACAGCUGUGGAGUGACUUGUUUUAGAGAAGACCUAGGCAUAUAAAGGUUCCAUUGUCACUGUAUGACCGGUCAGGUAUAGUUCUUGGUGCUAAGUGUGCCUUAAAGCAUAGCAGAAGAAAGCAGCUCUAGACAGUGGGCACCAACAAAGGUUGAUUUCAAGGAUUUAAAAGGAAUUCAAAACGUGCUUGGUUGUUGAAGUUGCUGUAGAUCUGGUCAUCUUUGGCCACGCUGGUGCAUAGGAGGGAGGCAUCGUGGAGUUGGCUGUGGUGAUAGAAAGCACUGUUUUCAGUUGUCAGCGUUCCCUGCUUGGUACUGGCCACUGUUCUAGAGAAUUCUGCACCAACGGAACAUUGGUGAACCAUCAUUUUUGUGGGUUAUCAUGUAGAACAGUGGUUGAUGUUUUAUAAUGUACUCUGUUCUAGUAUUUUCUAAAAGAAUUUCCUCUUUCAUACUGGAUCCUGCUCAGACUUUUCAAGGGUGAAUGUAUGAAAAUGUAAGAGCUGAGAGUGUAUGUAUAAAGUUCACUCGCUGCUUCACUCUUAGAUGGUAUUUUUAAAGUCUCCCUAAGCCUAAAAUGCCCCGAGAUACAUCUCUCUUCUUUGCUCCAGUAACUUUAAACUGUUAACAGAAUUACAUUGCUGGAGUUAAAGUUGGCCUAAAAUGAAUCACUUAAUGCAACAGAUAACAAAAGCAUGAGUAGUGCACUCAAUAAUAGACUAUGCGGUAGGUGUCCCUCCCUGGUGGCUAAUGCUUUUCCUUUGUGAGCCUCUGCCCCAGUGUUGCAGACAGAUCUGCAGGGUAAGGGGCUUUAUCCAAGCCACUUACAGUGGGGCUGCAACCCAUGUCCAAUGGGUCAUGAUGUUUGACUGUCUAAACACAUGACUGGGCAUUUCUGCAGAGUGUGUUUUAGUUAGUACUACUCCCAUAGCAAAUGUAGGCAGUGGUAGGAUUCUUGGCUGCUGGCAUAUGUACCCCAGGUGUCCUCUAACUCAGGACUGAUACAGCCUAGACUGAGCUCAUUCUCCUGCUUGGAUGUUGUAUGGUGACAAGGGAGGAAUGUUUACUGACAGUGGUCCUCUGCUCCAGUGUUUCUCUCAGUUGGCUUAGAGGAGACUCCAUGAUGCAAGCAGCUGUUCACAGAGCUCCCAUGUGUAGGGAUUUGCUGUUCUCUGCACUGCAGAACUUGCAACUCAUUCCUUCCUGCUUGUUGAUUGCAGCAAACCAUGAUUAUUUGAAAGCCAGUGUAGGGUUCUGCAGUUUUUCAAGGACACGGCUGCCACUAGCCACAUGCGUGUAACCAGAACACAGCGUUGAGCCCAGAACUCCACAGAUUAUCAGUUGGCCACUUCCUGGAGCACCAGCUGGUAUGUUGUUCUGGGGGUAAAAAAAAAAAAAAAAAAAAGCAUGUGUUCCAAAUGCUUUUCUCAUAAACACACACGCUCUCCCUCUCUCCCUCUCCCCCUUCUCAAGAAUCUCACUUACACACACUCACUCACAAAGCAGGUGAGUCUUGCCUUUAGUUUGUAGCACAGCCAGCUUGAGCCUUCUUGCUGCUGCCUUUGGAUAUGUUGCUGAGAACUUUUUUCCAGAGAGGAAAUCAGACUCUUACAUGUUCCUCCUUGCAAUCCAAAGGACUGCUCUAUCCAAGCAAUGUUUUUAUUUUCCAUGACACCCUCACCCCCACCCCCUUGUCCAGAAGUUAGAAAAGUAGGAAAGAAGUAACUCCAGACAGGAUCUCCAUAAUCCCUGCCAAGUGCUGAAUUAACAAAGUAUCCCUCUCCCCUAACAGCUCCCCCCCCACACACACACACAUGGGUGGGAAACAGCUCUGUGUCUUUGGAGCAGGAAUGGAGUUUCUUAAACUGGAGUCAUUUAUGUGUUUCUGUCUUGGUGACAUUUGUCUUAUAGUCUCUUCACCCUUUUCUUUAACAUGGUCAGUUCAUGCAAGGUUGUGUUAUGUUGUCAUUUAUCUUCAGUUUUCUUAUUUUCUAGGAACUUCCUGUAGAAAAGCCCUUUCCCCCACCCCCACAAUACAAAUCUUAACUGACUAAAAGACAUUGCAUGCUCAACUUAAGAUAAGCACUACGUCACAGGAUACGAACUUACCCCGCUUGCAAGACCAGUCGAAGCUGACUCAAAAGCUGUACCGUACAGCUGCUUGCCAACAGGCUUCUUGCUCUGGUUAGAGUAAGGCAUCUGUCUCUUUGGUGUGCUCACAUGUGUGCUGGGCUCUCAGGGGAUUGAGGUCCAAAGAGGAGGGUGCCAUAAGACGACCUAGAUGGACUGACUCCUUCCUCAUCACCGGACUGGCAACUCAGCUCUGAGUGCGGCCGGCCCUUGAGUGGCAGAGAGCAGAUAAGGGAGCGAUUGACAUGAACCUUGCAAAGCAAGCUCUUGUUUAUCAGUGGUCCUCAAUUUCAGGGGUGACAGAUCGGUGCACUCUCCUCAAAAUGCUCGCUUACACACCAGCCCUUGAUGCCUUUCUUACAUGUCUAUUACAUAGAGAGGCAUUUAGCUGAUCGCUACCCCUUGCCUCUUAAAAAUCACAAGCAGAUUGUCAGCAUAAUGCAGAGGAAACCAGAUUGGAUAUGGACUCCUUUUUAUGCCUCUAUUAGUCAUGUUUAUCUAUCCAAAUGGGUGUUAGCCUCUUACUGCCUGGCACUAAUUUAUAGCUGUUAUAUUAUGAGAUGCUGUGUAGCAGUGUAUCAGAGAACGGGAAGCAUCCAGGCCUGUAUAGCUGUCUGUAUCAGCACACCAGCUUACACGUCACUCUCAGUAGAUUGAAAGCAACAGACUGGGCUCCUCCUUCGGAAGUGCGUCACUCCCACUUCUCCAUGAGUCCUGAUGCUUCCCCCACAUUAAUGACUGAGUUGGUGGAAAAUGGCUGCAUUUUACUCAUACUGUGUUUUGUACUCAACCUUAAAAGUAAUCUACCUCUUAAAAUUUGUAGUUCAAAACUUGUUUGAUGAAUUUGUGCCACUUUACCCUUUCACUAUCAUUCCCAUUGUGUUACAUUUCUGUUAAGGAGACUUUAUGUUGAAAUACUGUAUAAAGCAUUUGUUGCAGUUUAAAAAUAAAAUAUUUAAAAUUAUUUAAAUUGUUUUGGGUGCUUCAAUUGUACUGUGUGAUUUACAUCUUGCAUUUUUGUUUGCAUUGUUAAUCUGGACAGUGUCUGCUGUACUGGUUUGCUGUUAGUUGUUGCUUCUUGUUGCAGAGUGCUUUAAAGACUUCUAAUGAAAACAUUAAAAUUUGCAAUUUGACAUACAAAAGGGAUUGUUCCGUUGAUUUUUUUUUUUUUAUAACCAAUGUAGCCCUGACAGUUUAUUUCAGGCAUAAAAGAGUGAUGUUUGGUAUUUUGCGCUCUUAGAAUGGAUACAUCCUCUGCUUGUUAUAUGGCUAAGAAAGAUUUUUUUCAUGUUAUUUAAAACACCUGAUAACCAGGGGAGAAUUGGAUGAUACAUUCUAUAUCAUUGUAACCAAUAAACACUUUGUAAACAGUU